AUGUUUGUUUAUCAGGCUCUUCGUAGAUCGAUCAAAGGCGAGAAGCCCGACUCAAAAGUUCAACAUAUUUCCUUAACUCCCAAAUCUGCCGUCGCAAUUGUCCCUCCGAGAAAGGUUAUUCGCGCAUUGUACGAUUAUGAGGCACAAUCAAAUCAACAAUUGGGUUUCUCGAGGGGCGAUUUCUUUCAUGUUAUAGGACGAGAGAAUGACACGGAUUGGUAUGAGGCAUGUAAUCCCGCAGUGCCAGAUGCGAGGGGAUUGGUACCAGUUGCAUACUUCCAAGCGUUAGGGAAGACGGAGCGGGAUAGUGGGCAAUCCCUAUCAGAUAAGUCGCCUAUGGGCUUGAAGGUGGAUCAUGAUUCGGGUUAUUCCGAUCUGUCGGGCUCAGGGACUCUGGCGAGUCCUCCGGACAGCGGUGGAGGUCAAAGAUUUUCAAAGACAAUGAAAGGCACCGGUGCGAUGGUUUACGGCGUGGUGAUGUACGAUUUUGCGGCCGAACGACCUGAUGAAUUGGAAGCCAAAGCCGGAGAAGCCAUCAUCGUGAUCGCUCAAUCAAAUCCAGAAUGGUUUGUCGCAAAGCCAAUUGGACGACUUGGAGGACCAGGACUCAUACCGGUUGACUUCAUCGAGAUACGGGAUAUGGGCACCGGAAAGGCUGUACCAAACGCGCAAGAGGCAGUACAGAGGGCUGGUGUGCCAAAAGUGGAAGAAUGGAAACGGAUGGCUGCCGAUUACAAGAACAGUAGCAUUACUCUGGGCAAGUUCGAGGUUCCCAAUGGUUCUGCACAACAACAGCAGCAACAAAUGCAGCAGAAUCUGGAACGGAUGAGUCUGCAACAAAAUGCGAGACAGAGUCAGCAGAACGGCCAAGGCUACGACCAACGGCAGUCACAACAAGCGAAAGCUGCUCAAUCUGUUCAGCAAGUCCCGCAAAACCCCUAUUCCAUCCCAUCUAAAUCCACUUCUCAAUUAUACGCUCCAAUAUCCGCUCGAAUACCACGAUUUUGUUUCGCCGAAGAUAAAUAUUGGUUUGUUAUCGAAGCAGCUCUGGAGGAUGGGAGACAUUGGGAGCUUUCGAGAUACUACGAAGAUUUUUACGAUUUCCAAAUUGCUCUCUUAACAGAGUUCCCAGCAGAAGCAGGCAAUACCGGUGCACAGAAGAGAAGUUUGCCGUAUAUGCCAGGACCUGUCAACUAUGUCACAGAUGCGAUAACAGAAGGAAGACAACAUAAUCUUAACACCUAUGUCAAGAACCUUCUGACGCAGCCACCGUAUAUUUCUCGAUGCACUCUUGUCAAACAGUUUUUCGCACCCCGAGAAGGUGAUUAUGAGAUGGAUCCAAACGCAGUGGAAGAAGAAUAUCGUUUAUCUGGUGGUUCACAACAGUCAUCGAACGAUUCAAGAACACAGGCAGCAUCUAGGCAGUCGUCGCGGGGUGAUUUAAAUGGGGAAGAAUAUUCAAGCGGAGGACCUACUGGCCUCACAGCCGCCCCAGGACAUCAAAGAGGACAAUCAUCAUUAUCUGUCAAUAACGGCCAAGGCCCGACACGCCAGACCUCCUCUCUUUCUCAACCAUCCAGCAAUUCGUUAUCUCCGGGAGCCAACAUCAAUGGGCAGCAACCAUCUGCGAUGAAAGUCAAGAUCUAUUUCGGCGACGAUUUGAUAGCCAUUCGGGUACCUACCGACAUUCAAUACCAGCAACUUUAUGAGAAGAUCAGUGACCGCUUGAAGAUACCACAAGGGGAUGAAAUUGCACUAUACUACAAGGACGAGCCUAGCGGAGAGAAACCAAAUCUAAUGAGCGAUAACGAUCUAGACAUUGCUCUACGUCGGAACGACAAACUCAUCAUUUACGUCGAAUAUCAAUAA